AAUUCGUGGUAGUUUUGUUGUUAUACGGAAUCAUUAUUUUAUAAUAUUUGACCUAACCACAUCUAUCAAUAAUGGCUGAUGAAGAAUACGAGGCUGAAGACGCGGGUGCAGACUAUGACGACAUUGCAGAAGAAGAUGAUAACAUUGAGGAAACAGAAGAACAAGAGGAGGAUGGCUAUAACGUGCAGUGCCUAGCGCCAGGACAAGCAGGUGGUGGCGUUGAGAAGUCCAAACGUAUCACCACCCGAUACAUGACGAAGUACGAAAGAGCCAGAGUUCUAGGUACGAGAGCAUUGCAAAUAGCGAUGUGUGCUCCAGUGAUGGUGGAGUUGGAAGGUGAAACAGACCCUCUGCAGAUCGCCAUGAAAGAGCUGAAACAACGGAAGAUCCCCAUCAUCAUCAGGCGAUACCUCCCAGACCAUUCGUAUGAGGACUGGAGUAUAGAUGAGCUCAUUAUUAUAGACCAUUAGAUAUAACUAAAUAAGUUUAUUAAGCAUAAUUGUAUUUUUAAAAUUAAGUAUAAAAGAUUAUUC